GCAGGGGGAAUUCGGAUGAGAAUUCAGUGGAAAUGUGACGGCCGAGAUGCUAAGAGAGGAGGAGAGGUUAUCCCCGGCCGAGGGAGCUUUUUCCAGCCGUUCGCCUUCCGAAAGCGACUCCGAGGAGGCCCUGGACGUCGGAUCCCCCGUCGACCUCACCAGCCGGGGUCUCUUAGCCAGGCUCAGCCCGCCUCUCGGAGGAUCCCAGCCCUUUCCGAGAAGUUUGCCCUUUUCCGUCGACAACAUCCUAGACCCGAACAAGUUCACGGGGAAGUCGCAGGACGGACCCAAAUUUCAGAACCAUUGGAGGCCCCACGAGUUAAGCGACCAUUCCAGUAGAGACGGUGGCCAAUUUUCGGACCCAGGGGGAGGUGACGACGACGACGGAAGCGCAGAAGGUGAGAGCGUCGUCGGCGAGGAGAAAGACCCCAAGAGGCGGAAAAAGGGUGACUCGAAAGGAUCAGGGGGAAAACCUAGGAGAGCAAGGACUGCAUUCACCUACGAACAACUUGUGGCCUUGGAAAACAAAUUUAAAACGACGAGAUAUCUCUCUGUUUGCGAGAGGCUGAACCUUGCGCUUUCGCUGUCCCUGACGGAGACCCAGGUGAAGAUCUGGUUCCAGAACAGGAGGACGAAGUGGAAAAAGCAGAACCCCGGGAUGGACGUGAACAGUCCGACGGUGCCGCCUCCGGGGGCGGGUGGGCCCGGCUUCUUUCCGCACCACCUCGGCUACCCUCCGCACUACCCGCCGCCGUUCGCUCAACAGGGCUAUGGAUAUUUUCACCAUCUCGGUGCACACCACGGGCUGGGGCAUAACGCGUGAGGACACUUGCUCCAAGUGCUUCAACCGUGCCAAACUAAGCUUUAAAUGUAUUCUUGUCGAUUUGGAAAAUAUAAUUGGACAAUUUAUGCUGGAUUAUGGGGUUUUAAAUGAAAUUACAAUAUUUUCAACCAAAGACGAGAUGUUCCUAGAUUGUUUACGUUGUAGUCCUGUCUUCACUCAAUACAAACGAGAAAAAAAACCUUCAGAAGAAUUUCAUUAUCUCAUAUCAAAGAACAUAUAUUUAUCUAUGUAUAUAUCCUAAUUUUACCGACAUCCCCUCCACAAUAUUUAUGACGUGAUGUCCGUCUCAAAUGUUGACGCACGCACUCAUUCACGCAAACACACAAAUACAGGCACACGCCUAUCAUUAUUUUAAAUAACUGUGUUUUAAACGUUUUAAACUUUCACUUUACACA